UGAGCUGGAAGCGUAUUGGUCUGUCUGCGGAAGACAGCUGAGCGCUACAAACAUCGAGUCACUGUUUGAACAUCCAGCUCCAACUUACAGAACACUGUCAGAUCCCAACACAUCCACAAAACCCGCUCGCUUCACUUCCCGUCAUCUCAUCCGAAAUUACUUUCACCAUCCUCAUCCUCAUUUACUCGCGCUGCUUCAGAUUAUCGGCUGAAAAAACAGGGGAACACGGACAGAUAAAAAGAAAACAUCCCCCAAACCAAACGGAGUCUGGUGAAAUGCGCGGCUGCCUGUUUUUUAAGGAGGAGGGUGUCCAACGCUGAGCUGUAGUUUCUCUCCAAGAGGCGAGGAAUGCAAUCUGAGCAUCAAUGUUUCACUGGGGCAAGUGGAAGAAGAGGAUGGGAGCCAACAGUUCUUCAAAGAGACCAGUGUUCGACGAGAAGGAAGAUGUAAACUUUGAUCACUUCCAGAUUUUGCGGGCAAUCGGAAAAGGGAGCUUCGGAAAGGUAUGCAUUGUGCAAAAGAGGGACACAGAGAAGAUGUACGCCAUGAAGUACAUGAACAAACAGCAGUGCAUAGAGAGAGAUGAGGUCCGAAACGUCUUUAGAGAGCUUGAGAUCCUACAGGAAAUUGAACAUGUAUUUUUAGUAAAUCUCUGGUACUCCUUCCAGGAUGAGGAGGACAUGUUCAUGGUGGUCGACCUCCUGCUCGGAGGAGACCUGCGCUACCACCUGCAGCAGAACGUCCAGUUUGGCGAAGACACCGUCAAGCUCUACCUGUGUGAGAUGACUCUGGCCCUGGACUACCUGCAGAGCCAGCACAUCAUCCACAGAGAUGUAAAGCCGGAUAAUAUCCUUUUAGAUGAGCAAGGUCACGCUCACCUGACAGAUUUCAACAUAGCGACCAUAAUAAAGGAUGGAGAGAGAGCCACAGCGCUGGCUGGAACCAAGCCCUACAUGGCUCCAGAGAUCUUCCAGUCAUUUGUCAGCGGAGGUACAGGCUACGCUUUUGAAGUCGACUGGUGGUCGUUGGGGGUGACGGCCUUUGAGGUGCUGCGUGGAUGGCGACCGUACGAUAUCCAUGCCAGCAACUCUGUGGAGUCUCUGAUCCAGCUCUUCAGCACGGUGAGCGUCCAGUACAGCCCGGCCUGGCCCAAAGACCUGGUGGCACUACUGAGGAAGCUGCUGACUGUGAACCCAGAGCAUCGGUUUUCCAGUCUGUCUGAUAUGCAGACGUCUCCAUACCUCGCCGCCGUCAACUGGGACGCUGUGUACGAGAAGAAGAUGGAACCUGGAUUCGUUCCUAAUAAAGGUCGGCUCCACUGCGACCCCACCUUUGAGCUGGAGGAGAUGAUCCUGGAGUCACGACCCCUCCACAAGAAGAAGAAGAGGCUGGCUAAGAACCGCUCUCGAGACAACAGCAAGGAUUCACAGUCUGAGAACGACUACCUACAGGAGUGCCUUGAAGUGGUGCAGCAAGAGUUCAUGAUCUUCAACCGCGAGAGGUUGAAAAGGCGCCAGGAGGAGGGCCAGGAAGAGGGCCAGGAGGAGGCCGGGGGCGACGACCCCAGCGCUGACAGGGACGACGAGGCGGAAACCGGGGUCGCCGAAGACAACGCGCAGGAUGCGGACCCAGAGCCGGAGUCCUCCUCCAAACUGAGCAUGUGCGGCUCCGUGUGCUCGUCCCCCGGCAGCUGCUAGCCCACACAGCGACGGAUCUGUCUGUGCCGUGCCAAUAGAUCCCCCCCUUCACCUCUCUCUUCUGUCGCCGAGGAAACGCACAUGGAAGAGAGGGCCGGGUGGGCGAAAUGACCCAAAAUGGCUGCCCCAGUGUUCCGUCUCUUUUACUUUCCGUAGCAUCUUUCUGGUAAGGCAUGAAUGAAGCAGAUCCCCAGAGACUCUUUGUGCUCAUAGAGUAAGCUCUAACUUCUAUGCAAUGUAACAUUAUAGCAUGAUAAAUAAGGUUUUCACUCACUGGGAGGUGUUGAUCGUAACCACGGUGACAUCCUGAGCAACAUCGGCCCACAGCUUAAAGCUGCAGUAUAUAACUUUUAUUUAAAAAUGAAAUAUGUUUUUUAUAUAUUUGUUAAAAUUGUCACCAUGUUGUAAUAUGAGGCAGAUAAUCUGUGAAAAAAUCAAUCUCCUCCACCUCUUCCUUGAGCUACUAAUGCCGUCUGAAAAAAUGCAUGAAAACAACCAAUCAGCACCAGGAGGUGGGUCUUAAUGGUGUGAAUCAAACUCAUGUACUCGCUGCUAAAUGUAAAAAUGGUGGAGAAGCAACUUACCUUUACAGGAAAGCCAUUUAUCAACUUUCACCAGUAGCUAAGCUAACUAGCCUGAACAUUCACUACAUUCUCUGCUAGCUGCAGGGUCACACAAGAUUAUGAUUGACAGCGCUAAGACUCGCCUCCUGGCUCUGAUUGGUUGUUUCUAGUUUGCACCAGGGUUAUGAUAGUUUUUAGUUGAGUUUUAUUUUGUUGUGACCUUUUGUUUGUCUAACUCAGGUAGUCGUAAAUAGUUUUUAGAGCGUGUUUGCUAGUUAUCAUUAGCUAAAUAUUAGUUUUAGUUUAGUUUUUAUUAGUUGUAAAUUUUUGUCAUUAUCUGGUUAAUUCAAAUAGGUAAAAGUAAUAUAUUGUGAUUAUGCAGACAUUGAUUAGCCAAUGAAUGUUUAACAGAAGAUACAAUUUAAAAAAUAUAUAUAUAAAAUUAUUAACUAUUGCUGUCGUCAUUUUGCAAAAUUAAUGUGAUCUGCCGACAGCUGACGUAAACGGCAUGAGUGGGAAAAAAAAAAUCCAUCAGUUUGAAAUUUUAAUAGGUUUAUAAAGAAGAGAGCAAAGUAUCUACAAUUUCAGUGUAUUUACAUUAGCAUGACAUUUACAAAUGCAUGACGUAGCACCAGUUAGUUAAAUUUUUCCACAUUAAUUACCGUUUUUAUUUAUUUUAGUUAACAAAAAAUAUUUUCUCAAUUUCAAUUUUUGUUAUUUUGUUACUAUUUUAACCUUGGUUAGCACUUGGAGAAAGUAGAUUUAUUCACAGAUUAGCUGUUUCAUAUUAUACUGUGACGACAUGGUGAUGGUUUAAACAGAUAUUUUAAACAGAAGUUGGGUUGCUUGGUUUGGUUGAGGCUCCUCUGGUUCUUCUCAAAGUCUCUGUGCCAAAUCCGAUCGGGACGACUCAGAAGCAACUCGGUUUGUUGUCGUCUGGGUUUCCGCUUUGCUCUCAGCCUCUUGUACGAUCAUGGUGGGGAGAGAGAACGCCUCCUUUCAGCUCCACAACUAUUUAUCUUACUAUUCAACAGUCCAACAUUGGGGCGAAUGUUUUCCAUCUCCCUUGUCUUAGAAUAAAUAACCUCAGAUUGAAGGAAACUGCCUUAAAACCCUUCACAGGUUGAUGGACACGACUCCAAGAUUAUUUCUUGGCAUUGUGUUCGAAAGCAUCUAAAUGCCCCAGAGAAGCAAAAUGGCUGCUCAUUUUUCUGAAAAUAUACAGAAGCAGUUAGGCUGUAUUUAGUUUUCCACAUACAACUCUUACUUUUUGGCCUUUGACCCUUUUUUUAAGACUUGAGAUGAGAUUAAAAUGUAACCGUGGGGCCUGGUAAAGACAAGAUAAUACAUAUUAUGUCCUGAUCCCUAAAAUUAAAAGUGGGUGUUCUCCCUUUUUUACCAUGAUUAUCUGUUUAAUGCAAAAACACAAAAUCUUAUCAAGUAUUUUUUUUGUCUAGUUUCUUGUGAAAAUAUCUUAGGUUUGUGUUAUUCCAAGUAAACUAACUUUUAGUAAGAUUUAGGAGCUUGUUUUAAAUAAAUUAUUAAUAUUCAUAUUGAUGAAAAAGUACUAGUUCAACUGGCAGAUUAUUUCAGUAGCUGUGUGUCCAUUGAUCAUAUUAAUUUGACACUGAAAAAUACAUUUGCUAAAUGAAACACAUCAUUUUCGGGAAAAAAAAAGUUUUUCAAUAGAAAGUCUUGGUGCUAAGAUGAGGUGGUUUUCCGGCCGUAUCAAAAUUGUUUUAUUUUGCAAAACUGGAAAGGAAACACUUUCUUUCUGGUGUAAACCACGAAGAAGAAGAAGACAAACAGGAAGUGGCAGCAAGAUUUUUAAUAAAUCUUUGCAUGAACAAACUAAUUUAAAUGUCCUUUUAAUUAUGUUCCUUAUUUAACAGAAACAUUCAAUUGUGAAAUUGUAGGUUUUUAUGAAAUUAGUGGAAUAUUGACAAAGUUUUGCUGAUAUUUAUCAUGUAAAUGCAGUAUAACAAGAAACUAAUACCCUUUGUUAUAAGUGAAAUAAUCGGGCAGUGGAACUAGAACUGGGUUGCUAGGUGACAGGCUGGGCUUGGCUGGCGUUGCUAGGUGACGGGUUGGGCUUGGCUGGCGUUGCUAGGCAAGUAGAACUUGCACUUUUUCAACAUUAAGGAAUAAUUUCCUUAAAGUAAGCUCCUAAAUUUUGCUGAAAAGUUACUUGUCAGAUAGUUUUGUCUUAUUCAAAGUGCACUUAGAUAUUUAAGCUAGAAACUAGAAAAAAAUAUUAGAGUAUUUGGUGUUUUUGCAGUGCUAAGUUGCCCGAAUUCAGGGCUAAAGUGUUUGAUUUCCAGUUGCAGCAGCUUCCUGAGUCACAGUUUCCAGUAAGUGUUGGUUGGUUUCAUGUUCUUAAACCUGUUUAAAGUUGUGCCUGUCUAUGAUAAUCAGUAUCUGUUAACGUUGUUGCACCCACAGAUGCAUUAUAAGAUAUUAGUCUGGUUUUUCCUCUCUAAGUGUGAACCAAGUUCGUUUGAAGCCUUUUUUUUUUAAGAUAUUAAGGUAGCUUAAUUCAUGGGAAAUCAGUACUAAUUACUGGAAAAAGGCCAGAAUAAGCUCUGAGGAUAGACUACAGCAUUGUCAGCCUUUAAGAAUCUAUUUCAAAGCUGCUUUACUAGACAUCAUCCUAUUAAGUGCUCAGUUAGGACAAAGAUCAUCUCCCCAUAGGGCUUAGUUUGGGGCCUAAACGUGUAGCUGUUGGUUCUUCAGACUGUAGAUGAGCUCUCACAGCGAUGCUCGCACAUUUAAGGUGGUCGUGUAGCAAAGAACUACCUUAAAUUACCCCUCCUGGGCUUGAUAAUAAAUAAAAAACAGUGUAAAUAGCAUGUAGUGUAGGUAAUUAAACUCUCCACAGUUUUAUGUGGGACUGCUAACUCUACGUGUAAACUGAGGGAAGAGCUUAGUGAAGCCCCGCCCCCUCCUAGCGCUUCACUCUGCUCCUCUCUCCAAGUGUGCAGGCACAACUUGUAGGCAAAAUAUGCCAAAGCUUUUCUACCAUUUGCAUAACCAUUUCUAAGGAACUUUAAAUGUCUGAAUGUAUGUUGUAUUUUCUUUUUUUGUAGAACCCAAGGUUUGCUCUGUUUAAUAGUCUGUUGGACAGUAAUGUGGUUAUUUCAGGUGGAGUGGUGUCUUGAAUUUCUGGUGAAACAACUUGCAAUUUUUGGUGUCUUGGGAAUAGAAAAGAAGAUUGAUGCCAUUUUUAUGUCUGUGUGGAAAACUCUUACACUGCAAAAACUAAACCUUACCAAGUAUUUUUGGUUUAGUUUCUAGUGGAAACAUCUUAGCACACAUGAAAUUAGACAAAACCAACUUACAAAUAAUUUUUCAGCAACUCUAAAUUAUUGUUUAGAGUCCAUAAUUUCUUUAAAUUGUUGAAAAAUACUAGUUCCAUUGGCAGAUUAUUUU